AUGCAAAAUAACGUUGUGUGGAUAGAGUCAGUAGACGAAUCACUUUCUUCUGAUUUACUAUCAGAAUUAAAGAGUUUUCCAGCGUUCCGGACUCUAAGGCCACGGACAGCAGAGACUGUGAGUGAUAACGAGUCUCCAAGUGAUGCUACGCAUUCUACAACACAACCAUCAACUACAUCUCCUCCUGCAACAAAAACAAGUGAUGCUACACCUUCUACAAUACAAUCAUCAACUACAUCUCCUCCUGCAACAAAAACAAGUGGUGCUACACCUUCUACAACACAACCAUCAACUACAUAUCCUCCUGCAACAAUAACGAGUGAUGCUACACCUUCUACAAUACAAUCAUCAACCACAUCUCCCCCUGGAACUAAAACAAGUGGUGCUACACCUUCUACAACUCAAUCAUCAACGACAUCUCCUCCUGCAACAAAAACAAGUGGUGCUACACCUUCUACAACACAACCAUCAAGUGUAACUACAUCUCCUUCUGUAACAAAAACAAGUGGUGCUACACCUUCUACAACUCUAUCAUCAACUACAUCUCCUUCUGUAACAAAAACAAGUGACGCUACACCUUGUACAACUCAAUCAUCAACUACAUCUCCUUCUGUAACAAAAACAAGUGGUGCUACACCUUCUACAAUACAACCAUCAACUACAUAUCCUCCUGCAACAAAAACAAGUGGUGCUACACCUUCUACAACACAAUCAUCAAGUAUAACUACACUUCCUCCUGCAACAAAAACAAGUGGUGCUACACCUUCUACAACACAACCAUCAAGUGUAACUACAUAUCCUCCUGCAACAAAAACAAGCGAUGCUCCAUCUUCUACAACACAAUCAUCAAGUAUAACUACACUUCAUCCUGCAACAAAAACAAGUGAUGCUACACCUUCUACAAUACAAUCAUCAAGUGUAACUACAUCUCCGUCUGCAACAAAAACAAGUGAUGCUACACCUUCUACAACACAAUCAUCAAGUAUAACUACAUCUCCUCUUGCAACAAAAACAAGUGGUGCUACACCUUCUACAACACAAUCAUCAACUACAUAUCCUACUACAACAAAAACAAGCGAUGCUCCAUCUUCUACAACACAACCAUCAAGUGUUACUACAUCUCCUCCUGCAACAAAAACAAGUGGUGCUACACCUUCAACAACUCAAUCAUCAACUACAUCUCCUUCUGUAACAAAAACAAGUGUUGCUACACCUUCUACAACACAACCAUCAAGUGUAACUACAUCUCCUCCUGCAAUAAAAACAAGUGGUGCUACACCUUCUACAACUCAAUCAUCAACUACAUCUCCUUCUGUAACAAAAACAAGUGGUGCUACACCUUCUACAAUACAACCAUCAACUACAUAUCCUCCUGCAACAAAAACAAGCGAUGCUCCAUCUUCUACAACACAAUCAUCAAGUAUAACUACACUUCCUCCUGCAACAAAAACAAGUGAUGCUACACCUUCUACAAUACAACCAUCACCUACAUAUCCUCCUGCAACAAAAACAAGUGAUGCUACAUCUUCUACAACACAAUCAUCAAGUAUAACUACACUUCCUCCUGCAACAAAAACAAGUGAUGCUACACCCUCUACAACUCAAUCAUCAACUACAUAUCCUCCUGCAACAAAAACAAGUGGUGCUACACCUUUUACAACACAAUCAUCAAGUGUAACUACAUCUCCUCCUGCAACAAAAACAAGCGAUGCUACACCUUCUACAAUACAAUCAUCAACUACAUAUCCUCCUGCAACAAAAACAAGUGGUGCUACACCUUCUACAACACAACCAUCAAGUGUUACUACAUCUCCUCCUGCAACAAAAACAAGUGGUGCUACACCUUCUACAACUCAAUCAUCAACUACAUAUCCUCCUGCAACAAAAACAAGUGGUGCUACACCUUCUACAACACAACCAUCAAGUUGGUGCUACACCUUCUACAACUCAAUCAUCAACUACAUCUCCUUCUGUAACAAAAACAAGUGGUGCUACACCUUCUACAACUCAAUCAUCAACUACAUAUCCUCCUGCAUCAAAAACAAGUGGUGCUACACCUUCUACAACACAACCAUCAAGUGUAACUACAUCUCCUCCUGCAACAAAAACAAGUGGUGCUACACCUUCUACAACUCAAUCAUCAACUACAUCUCCUUCAUUAACAAAAACAAGUGUGUAACUACAUCUCCUCCUGCAACAAAAACAAGUGGUGCUACACCUUCUACAACACAACCAUCAACUACAUCUCCUUCUGUAACAAAAACAAGUGGUGCUACACCUUCUACAACUCAAUCAUCAACUACAUCUCCUUCUGUAACAAAAACAAGUGGUGCUACACCUUCUACAACUCAAUCAUCAACUACAUAUCCUCCUGCAACAAAAACAAGUGGUGCUACACCUUCUACAACACAACCAUCAAGUGUAGCUACAUCUCCUCCUGCAACAAAAACAAGUGGUGCUACACCUUCUACAACACAACCAUCAACUACAUCUCCUUCAUUAACAAAAACAGGUGGUGCUACACCUUCAACAACACAAUCACCAAGUAUAACUACACUUCCUCCUGCAACAAAAACAAGUGGUGCUACACCUUCUACAACACAACCAUCAACUACAUCUCCUUCUGUAACAAAAACAAGUGGUGCUACACCUUCUACAACACAACCAUCAAGUGUAACUACAUCUCCUACAAGUGAUGAUUUAUCUUCUACAACAGAAAUACAAGGUGAAACAACAGCUCUUACUUUAGGGACAACAAGCGAUCCUACAUCUCAAGGAGAUUCUGGGAAUAACGAAAUCCCAGUGGAACCCAUUAUCGAACGAUUAUUGACAAAGUUAUUGAAAGACAAAGUAGUAUCAGAUAUUUUGGAUCACCCUGUACAUGUUUUGGGAAAACUGUCACAUUGA